GACUGGAGAAUUAAUACCGACAUGUUCAAGAAGAAAGGAGUUUUCUUUUUAUUUAAUGCUUUGUGUAUUAGCCUUAUAAAAGCAGAUAUUUUCGCCCAUGAACAAAGACUACAUAAUACUCUCAUGAAAAACUACCUCACAGCAGUUCGACCAACGACAAAUCUCAGUAAACCAAUCCAUGUUCAACUUCUGUACGACUUAAUCAGAGUUGAUGAAUUAGAUGCUGCAAAGGAAACGAUUACCACUACAUUUUUAUUCGAACAGAUUUGGAAAGAUCCUCGUUUGACUUGGAACACUACAGAAUACGGGGACAUUAAAUCUAUACGGUUUCCAUACAACUCAGUUUGGCAUCCAGAUAUAGAAAUCGAGAACUUGGCGCCUGGGCCAUCUUGGUCGUCUGAAGCUUCUGUAUACGUCAGCUAUGACGGUACAGCCAUCUAUGUGCCUCACAAAACCGUGUCCACUUACUGCUCAAUGGACCUUACAUUGUUCCCAUUUGAUACCCAGACAUGCUCUAUAACGUUUGUUCCGUGGACCCACAAUGCGCUUGAACUAAGAUUGGGAAUGUUUGGUCAUUACUACAAUACAACAAAGAUGGAAGUCAGUUUAGAAAGCCAUCUCGAUUUUCAGUGGAAAAUUUUAAAAGCCACGGCCGUCAUCAACAGUAAGAAGUAUUCUUGUUGUCCAGAGGAGUAUCAGAGGUUUGUUGUGACGAUAAAGACGAUGAGGAAGACCAGCUUUUAUCGUUACGUCGUCACCUGGCCAUCUAUCAUCGCUUGUUUCCUUGUUCCUUUUCUCUUUGCUAUACCUUCACAUUCAGCUCAGAAAAUUACAUUUGGUCUUGGACUUAUGAUUUUUGAGUCCUUAAUCGUUAUAGUCUUCGUUGAGACGAACAUUUUCGAUCACACUACAGUUCCAAAUCUUGCCAUUUUCCACUUGAUAAUUUUGAUUCUAACAUCAGUGAGUCUCCUUUUUUCCAUUUUCAUCGUCUCGCUGUGUGAUGAUCGUGGAAGACGGAAGCGAGUACCAGCGUGGUUACAAAGGCUUGCCUUGAAUGAUACUUGCUUGAGGAAAAUACUUUGUCUUGGACAAUAUGGAAAGUCCUUCAGAUAUUCUAAUGUCGGUCUUUUAGAAGACCCGGGAAUACAUGAACCUCCACACGACACCCCCGAAAUGCACUCAGUGUCCAACAACGAUAUUAUGAGGGACUUAUCGGAGUCCAUUCGGAAUAUCUCUGACAAGAUGGCCUCUGAGGAGGCUACUGCUAAGAUAAUACAGGAUUGGAGAGAGGUGGGGAGACUGGUGGAUAGAGCUCUUUGUUAUAUCUGUUUUGUAGCAGUGUUUAGCUUAUUAAUGUGGUCAGUUACCUCCUCCAUCUGGUUGAAAUGACGACAAGAAUACACUUGUAACUAUCAAAGAAACAAUGUAUGUAUAUGUAAACUGUAUUGAAUAAGAACACCAUUCAUGUACUAAAAGUAAAUACAUUGAAAGUAUAGUUGUGGGGGGAGGGGGAUUUUAAAAGCGGGCUGUGAAUUAAAAUCGCGUCCUUCAUAGCUGCUCAAAGUACGUAAGCAUUGAGAAUCUGAUAAAAAAGGAUGGAAACAAUGAAAAGCGCACAUCUUCAACUUAAAAAGUUAUACAACUGCAUAUUUUGCUAUUGGUGGUAUUUAGCUAUUGGUGCCUUUGUAUCACAGAAAACUGUAGAAAAUAUAUUUUUCUGUAUGUGUAUUACUUUUAUUAUUAAUUAAAACUUUAC